GUAAUAUCUGGUUACACGGCGCUAGAUGGUUUGAAUUGAACUAUCACCCAAAAUUUCUAGUACACUGUUGAUAUUUAAUGUUUUUUGAUAAUUUUAUUCAAUGAGGCCUAGACAACAGAGAAGAAGUCGUAUAUUUGAGGUUGGAGUGCUUAUGCUGAUUUCUGAAUUGGUAAACAUAGGAUAUGAUGCAAUACCUCCUGUUACACUAUUAUCUAUCAUAGGACAGGUCUUACUUUAUGUUGGUGUCAUUGAUGUUCCUUGGAGUAAGUGGGAUGUUUGCAUCAGUGGGCAUAAGAUAUGGCACAAAAAAGAUUUCAGACCUCUCAUUUUUUCAACAUUUGAACAUGCUGAUGAUAUGCACCUUUAUUAUAAUAUGGUAUCUUACUUAGUUAAAGGCCGAAGUUUAGAAUACCAGUAUGGAUCUCCAAACUUUGCUCUUAUAUUGGCUAUAAUUUCACUAAUGACAUCUGGGCUGUACGUAGUUUUGGCAGUUGUUGGAUCUAAUAUAUUUGGGAAUAAUGCUAUUAUGUCAAGUUGUGCAAUAGGGUUUUCUGGUGUUAUUUUUGCUUUGAAAUUUAUUACUACACAUGAAGACUCUGAAGGUUAUAGAUACAUCCAAGGAAUUCGUGUUCCUACAAAAUAUGCAACAUGGGUAGAAUUAGUAGCUAUUCAUAUCCUUGUACCUAAUGCAUCAUUUAUGGGACAUUUUGCUGGAGUUUUAGCUGGGAUAUUGUAUACUAAAACAUUUGUAGGGACAAUUAUAGAUACAUUAGUAUACCAAAUAACAGGGCAACAAGUCUACCAUCGCAACCAACCACAAUAUAGAUCCAACAGUCGAAGAAGUCACCAAUUCGAGUACAAUAGUAAUAGCUAUAGCUCGAGAUUUAGCUUCCUCAAUAGUUUCUUUGGACGAUCUUAUGGAGAAUAUAGGUCAUAUUAUGAUUGAGAAAAGCAAUUUAAAGGUCAGUGCAAUUACAAAAUCUUGUUUACAUAAUUCAG